GGCUAGCCUGGCCCUGAGUGGCCGAGGCCCGGUCACCACUGGAAAGGGCUGUCUUGCCAGUCCAGCCAAGGCACUGGAGGUGGCUACAUCCAGCAAGACUUUAUCUUCUUUGCACCCAAGCCCAGGAGCGUGCCGGGCAAGCAUGCUCCUGCUGAGCCUCGCUCACAGGCUUUCAUCCAAUCCUGAGUGGAUAAGGGGAGACAGAAUUUUUCCACAAGGGGAGAAAAGGCAAUCUUCUCCUCAAAGAAGGGUCCUGUCUGGUUACAGCAUAGACCCUUUAGUCUCCUGGCUUCGUCUAUACAGAAGAAACUAUACCUGACUCUGCCCAAGGAGGACACGGGAAAUGGGCCAGGGCCUGGACAGAGAGUGGCAGAGGGAACAGCCCUGGGCUGUGGUGAGGUGUACCUGGGCACAGAGGCCUUGGUCAGUGCCAUUUCCCCAUGGCCUGCAACCCAUGCCUCUACACCUCCUGGAGAGCUCCUGAUACCCUGGCUGACUUGGUCUCAUUGGCCAGAGACCAGCCUGCUGCCUGCCACCAACCUCUUGGCCUCCUCUCCAGCUCUGGAGAAGCAGCUGGCCACUCUGACCUCUGGACUCAUUCAGACCUCCCACAACCACCUGGAGCAUUCCACCAGUGCAGUGAGUUUUUUGUCCCCCCAAAUUAAUGUCCUACCCCCCAAUACCUCCAGAUGUGGCCUAUUUUGAAAUAGGGCUAUUGCUGUAUAACUGGUUAAGACAAAGUGAUACUGGAACAGGGCAGGUCCUGUUAUGCCCUCAUAACCAGGGAGAUUUGGACAGACACAGGACAAGCCAGGAGAAAGUGGAGUCCUGAAGCCUGCAGAGAUCUCCAGAAGUUGGAAGAGGAGAACUCUCCCCAAGCCUAGGGAGACCAGCCCUGCCCAUACCUGAGCCUUGACUGGUCAUGGACUCGUGGGUCUUAAGCCUGUGGUGCUCUGCCAUGGCCCCACCAGGGAUCUCAGCGCCGCUGGGCAGCUCCUGGGACUUCAGGGACCCGCUAAGACUUUGCCUCCUCACCACAUUGCCCUGUUCCUGGGCUCCCCCGACCCAGACUGCCCCUGAGUCUUUGGCCUUCCCAUCAGCUCUUCCUAGGUCCCCAGCGCGAACGACGUCGGUCGUGGCUGCUGCAAAACGGAGGGCAGCCGGCAUGGGAGCCUGCUGGGGCACAGGGGACACUCCAGGAAAGCUCCCACCUUUAUGAUGCAGAAGGGAUGCCACCUGCCCUUGUGAACAAGUGUCCUUGACACUUCUGGAGAGCCUGGAACCAGAAGAAAGAGGUGGGCAGACCAGUACAUGUGUGUUGGGGGGUGUACAGGACUGGCCCAAGCUCCCUGCCUGGGCAGCAAUGGCAGCUGUCCUGGGAAAGCUCCCUAGGGGGCUAGAAGCACAACGGAAGGGGACAAGGAAGGGUGGGAAGGUGGACAGGGCUGGGGCCUCCAGUACUCCUUGGAGAGGGAAGGCAGCCCCUCACCUCGACAGGCCAGCAGAGCAGCACACUGCAGGUGCUCAGGCCCUCUCCCGCCCCCACCUUGCCCUUGAGCCCACACUUGCGGCCUUCCUCAGGGGCUUCGGCCUAGUCCUGUUCCUGCCUUCUGUGAGGCACCUUCUAGGUCCAGCUGUAGGCGGGGGCUGGUAGUGGUGGCAAGAAGGAUCUGACCCCUUUGACCAGACAUGGCAACAGGUGGGCUGAAAGAUGAGCUACCAAACACGAUCCUGUGCACAGGGAGGAGGGAGCAGCUCGGUUUCAGCCCCUUGCCAUGGCAAGCAUGACUGCGCAGCUUUAUAUAGCCCUGCAAUCCCUAUAUAAGCUAGGAGCGAGGCCUGUCAGACGAGAGCCUGCACACUGUCCCAGUCUGGCCUGGCUGCCUCACUCCUCAGCCUGGUGCAGCAGGGUCCCCAGAGUGGCAGCCCAUUCCCUGCCCCCAGGAUGCCCAGCAGAACUGUGCGCUACUCCCGCUACAGCCCCCGGCAGAGGCGCCGGCGGCUGAUGGCCUAUCGCAGUGUCCGUUUCCCCAAUGAUGUCCUCUUCUUGGACCACAUCCGCCAGGGCGACCUGGAGCAGGUGGGCCGCUUCAUCAGGACUCGGAAGGUCUCUCUGGACACCAUCCACCCCUCAGGCCUGGCUGCUCUACAUGAAGCUGUGCUGUCUGGAAACCUGGAGUGCGUAAAGCUGCUGGUCAAACACGGAGCUGAUAUUCACCAGCGCGACGAGACGGGGUGGACGCCCCUGCACAUUGCCUGCAGCGACGGGUACCCUGACAUAGCCAGGUACCUCAUUUCCCUGGGGGCAGACAGAGAAGCAGCCAAUGAUGACGGUGACCUGCCCUCCGACCUCAUCGACCCAGACUUCAAGGAUCUGGUGGAGCUCUUCAAGGGAGCCAGCGUGGACUAGGCCGCCCAGCCUUGGGCUCCAGCCUCCCAUCCUUGGGCACGACCCUGGCCCCUAUACCUAUGUCUGGCCUGGCUUUUUCUCUAGGUCAAUUUUUUAUCGUGUGGCACUUUUUACUUUUUCAAUAAAUGUUACCCCAAGCCUGUGGUGGCUGCCUGAUUAUUUGGCUCCGUGGCAGCACAGGACUGGGGGGUCAGAGCUUCUUGGAAAGAAGCUUGCCAUCUCAUCCAUUCGCCUGCCAUCUCCUUGCCCGUGUCCUCCCGUGUUCCCCACCCCCAAAUCUCCCCAUGUUCCUGUCUCCCAGUCUCCCUAUGUCCCCAACCCCCCUAUGUCCCUGUCUCACGUCCCCCGUGUGCACUGUCCCUCCAGUCCUCAGGUCUUUCCAUGUCUCCAUUUCUCCCUACUCCUGUAUCUCUCCACGUCCCCCACCUCGUCCCUGCCCCAUGUUCCCUUUCCGAGGUCUCCCCGAGUACCCCAGCCCGUUGUGUUCCCUGUGCCCGUGUCCCGCUAUAGCCCCCGUAUUCCCCUCCCCGGGUCUCGCCUUCCCCGUUUCCCAUCCCUGGUGUCUUGUACCCAAUACCCCGGCUUUCCGCCCCCAGUCCUCCGGUGACCCGGUCUUUCCCUACUGCCCGGGCC